AAUUGUCUCUGACGUCUUGUGAUCACAAGACUUCUCUGCUUUGAGUUUUCUGUCAAGGCAAAAAUUGGGCGAAAAAGGCCGUCCCUUUCGGGAUUUGGUGUUAUAACAAGUCCAAUUUGUUCAUUAAAUAUCUCAAGAUGAGAUACUUUCUAACUUACCUGUUUGUGCUGCUCGUCGGGCUCGCUAUUCCGAUAUUUUCGCUCUACUAUGUACUCAAUGGAAAGGGUGAGCAGAUUAGCUUCGGAUGGUUCCUGGAGAAUACUUCCCCGUACAUGUGGGGUACGUUGGGAAUCGCGUUAGCCGUCGCCCUGUCAGUAGUGGGCGCUGCGAUGGGCAUACACACGACCGGAGUCAGCAUAGUUGGUGGUGGUGUCAAAGCUCCAAGAAUCAAGACCAAAAAUUUAAUCUCAGUCAUCUUCUGUGAGGCCGUCGCCAUUUAUGGAUUGAUCACCGCCAUUGUACUGUCUGGUAUGCUGGAAAAAUAUACAGAGCCCUUGGUUGACAUCACUAUUAGGCAACAGAAUUGGAUGGCUGGAUAUGUGAUGUUUGGUGCCGGUUUGGCCGUGGGCCUGGUCAACUUAUUCUGCGGUAUUGCCGUCGGAAUCGUGGGGUCCGGAGCGGCUCUUGCUGAUGCAGCCAAUGCUGCAUUGUUCGUCAAGAUCCUUAUUGUAGAAAUUUUCGGAUCAGCCAUUGGUCUCUUUGGUCUUAUUGUUGGUAUAUACAUGACAUCAAAGGUCAAAAUGGGCAACCAGUAACUUAGGAAGAAGUAGAUACUUGAAUUUAAGUUGUACAAUAUAGCACUGGUUCGCUCCAGCUUCGACCCGACCUUAAUCUAUACAGUGCUUGAAAGAAAUCUACAAAAUAUAUCCCAGGAGCGAAGCUUGAAUCCAUAUUGUUAUAGUGCUGAAUUGUGUAUGUUUGAAUACCAAUAUACUAUUUUCAUGUGUGCUGAAUAUUAAAAUUUCUUUUUUAUUAUUUUGAUGAACUUAUAUUGUAUAAAAAUCUGAUCUUGGCACUAAUAUAAUAUAAAUUGGAAAAAAAUAUACCUUUCAUAUUAACUAGUUGUAAUUUGGUGUUAAUUAGACUUAUUACAUUAUUGCAUUUUGUGCUAAGAUGUCAGGUUUUGAUUGUUUUGGAGUGUUUUUAACUUGAUUCUAUAACCAUUAUUAGACUUGUAUAAAACUACAUAUUACAGUAUCCUAAUGUUGAAUAUGACUAAAUGCACAUGUGUUUCAUGUUGUUAUUUAUAAUAAUAGAGUUACAUUGCAAAUAAUCAUUUCAUAAGAUAUCUUUACAUUACAAGCAAUGUUGUAUUUAGUCAUUAUAGGAAAAGCUUAAACAUUCCAUACCACCUUUCAUCACUUUUGUGGAAACUUAGAUUGGUUUGUUGAGUCACGAGUUACAACUAUACAAGUGUACAUAAACAAUUUGCAUAAUUACCUUAGUUUAUUUUCCGUAUGUUACAGUAAUCCAUGGUUUAUUGAUAUUGUUAAUCAUAAAUUGAAGUUCUUGAAACUAUUACAUAAAUCGUUUUCAUUCUUUUUUAUAAAAAGAAUGAGGUGAAUUAUAUCCAUUUUUUUGGUCUGCUAAAAUUUUUGCAGUGUGUUGUAAUGAUGUCAGCAACUUAAGUUUCUCAAUUUUCUGUAUGUAUGGAGAAUAUACUAUAUUUUAAAAUUGACCUGCUAUCAUAACUAUAAAAUUAUUAUAUCUUUAAAAUAAUAUUGUUGCUCCCAACUGUAAAUAUUAGUUUGCUUACCUGUAUACUAAUUUAUUGUAUUUAAAAAAACCGUAUCCAUAAAAUCUUAAGUAUAGGUGUUUACGUGAAUGCCAUAUAUAGAACAUCGUUUGGUUGGAAUAUCUAAAAAUCUAUAGAUUUUUUUUGUAUUAGGCACAAAGUUGUGUUCAAAAUGUGGAACAAAUCAAAAUCGACGAAGUAUUAAAUCAGUCAUAAGUACUGUUAACUGAUGGGAUUCUAAUUUAAUAUACUUUAUUUGUGCAAAUGUAGAUAUUAUUAUGUAUGUUGAUGAAUAAAUAGAUAAAAGUUU